UGCAGCUCUGACUUGAGGCGUGUGUUUGUUUUGUAGAGUAUCUGCGGAGUGGACGCCGGUGGGUCACACACACACACACACACACACACCGCCGGAGAGGAGCUGUCAGCGGAGCAGGUACAACUUCUCCGUCUACGGUCCCCGGUGAGGACCCAGCAGAGGGACACGGGAGCGGGACACACACAAUUUACUUCGUAUUAAUGUCGGUUUAUCUGGCCGAGAGAAUUACCUGAUACGUUACGUUUGACCAUGACUUCGGUGUGGAAGCGACUCCAGAGGGUCGGGAAGAAAGCGGCCAAGUUCCAGUUUGCUGCUUCCUUUCAAGAACUUAUGAUAGAAUGUACAAAGAAAUGGCAGCCAGACAAGCUGAGAGUGGUGUGGAUCAGGAGGAACAGACGUCACAGCACAAAGCUCCACAGCUGGCAGCCAGGGAUCAAAAACCCCUACAGAGGCCUGGUGGUUUGGCAGGUUCCAGAGAGUUUAGACAUCACUGUCACACUCUUCAAGGAACCUACUGCAGAGGAGUUUGAAGACAAGGACUGGACUUUUGUCAUUGAAAAUGAGACGAAAGGCCGCAGGAAGGUGUUGGCAUCAGCUGAUGUCAAUAUGAAGAAGUUUGCCAGUGCCACAUCAGCCCAGUAUGAUGUAACUCUGAAGCUCAAACCGCUGUCUGUCAAAGUGGUGGAAGCCACGCUGAAACUGAACUUGUCUUGCAUCUUUCUCAAAGAGGGCAAAGCCACUGAUGAGGACAUGCAGAGUUUGGCCAGUCUUAUGAGUAUGAAACAGAGUGACAUUGGAAAUCUGGAUGACUUUAAUGACAGUGAUGAUGAAGUCAGUGAGGAGAGGAGGACCAGCUUUGGAACUGGACAAGCUGUUACUGCUUCUGCCCCUUCUACCACAAGAGUAUGUGAUCUGGCUUGGAGGCCUGCAAUUGAAUCAGGCCUCACAGUAACCUCAGAGAUGCAUUGGAAAACGUCCUCUGGCAUUUCCUCCACCAUCUCGGUUUCAUCUCGUCCUCCUCUGCCUCAGCCCCCAGACCUCUCUGUUCCAUCCUCUUUACACACACGACCAUCAAGCACUACCCAGCAGGCUCGGCCCUCCGCCUAUGCCUACUCAUUGCCAGCCUUUACUCGCGCUCACCCUCCUGCACUUCCCAAAAUCUUCCAGCCCAGGGCCGGAACAGUGCCCAUUUCAGCUCCUCGAAGGCCCCAUAGCUUCCACAGUGACUCCUCUCCAGCUGAGGGCUUGGAAACCCAGGCUUUCUCUGUCUUCACCCCUUCUAAGGCCCUCUCCACCUCUUCUCUCUCCUCUUCACCCUCUGAUCCAUCUCUCCACCCUCCCGCUUUCUUUGAUACCUCACAGACAGCCUGUCCCAGUGCCUGGAAAGCACAGAGUGUUCCUUCUUUUCCUUCUGUCCCCUCCUCCGCCUCAUCUUCAGCUCCUCUCAGCUCCUUCCCUCCAAUUCCUCCACUGCCUCCUGCUUCCAGACUGCCCAAAGCUCGCCUCACCUCUGUGAGGGAGCCAGGCUCUGCCCUCACCAGGCCCACAAGUCUGCCAUCUGCCCCUGACACAGCUUCCUGGCAGAGUGAAUGGAGGCCUCCUAGGUCUCAGGCCCCUCUAGCACAGCCUGCCCUCUCUCCUAAGUCUCUGCAUCUCUCUGCCAACGAUCCUGGACAGCCUGCAGUGCUGCAGAAAAAGCAGAGAAUUGAGAUGCCAUCUUCGUUCUGUCUGCCCACUGGUCAGUCUUUGGAGCAGAAACCCCAGGGAGGGUCUGGAUUUGUUCCUUCCUGGAGACCCCAGGUGACCCCUACAGUAGAGACCCCCUCACCUUCUCCUUUAAGUUCUUCUUCUGCUCUUAUGCUCUGUGGGCAUCCUCCUCCUUCCUCUGAGCCUCAAUUAUCCCAAACUGCCAUAGCCUCCCCCAGUGACCAAGAUGCAGAAUUCAAAAGACAGUUGAGCACACUGAGUGAAGAGGAUAACCAGUGUACAACAACUACAACCCCUGAUCACAGCCAGAGGCCAGAGCCGUCCAGAGCCUCAGAAAGUAAAAAAGAUGCACAUUUUGGAAUCAAGGUUGUCAAGGCAGCACGACCUGAGAGCAUGGCCUCACUUCUGCCCCUUAGCUCGAGAACACCCAUAUCCCCAGGGCUAAAAUAUUUUGAGAUGCCAAAAACACAGAUGGAUCAGACAGGAUCAAGGCCAACAAGGACAUUCCCUAACGUCCAGCCAGCACUUAUUCCCUUCAAUUCUGCACCUAAGCAAAACCCUCAUUUUCAAGAUCAUACAUCUGCUUCAGUUAAGGACAUUCUGGUUAAUCCAAGAAGUCACUUGUCCAAGAUGUCCAUUCAGUUAGGGAAUCCAAUAGCCCAACCAGAGGCUGAUCGAAUUACACCCCUUUCUCCCGACCCACAACCUACUUCCAUAUUACUCCAGGAGCCUUUGUUGCACUUGCCUCAAAUUUCUGCAACCUCUGACACAAAACCGAUUGGAAGGAUAGGAGUGGCCCAGAAUAAAGAAGUUAGAACUAUGGAUUUGGGAAAUGAGAACACUGCGGCCUCAGUGUCAUCUUGUCUCAUAGACGUCAAUUCUGCUUUCUCUCCAAUUGUGAUGAACAAAACACCUACAGCUGAGUCUCAAGAAUGGUCCAUUGCAAAAAUCUCGAAGUUGGAAAAGCCACAAAGAGACACUCAAAAAAUCAGCCCUGCUGUUCCAAUACUCAUUAGAGAUAAAACAAUAUGCAACACGACUGCUUCGGACCAAGUCACUUCAAGAUUGGACUCUCAUUCUGAGUUUUUCUCAGCACAGCAGGCCACAACAACCAGUUUAUCAAGGCAGAGAGAAGAAUCUAAAGUGAAUGUUGUAUCAUCUUCCACAAAAAGCUUUGUGGAUAGUUUGGACCCAGAACAUUGUAUGGGGAAAGGGAAAACUGAAAGUUUGAGUUGGGCUAUGACGAAGAGACCACUGUGUGAAAGUGAUAGGAGAGAUACACAUGACCUUUUGUUACCAAGCAAUGCAGUCAGUAUAGAUGAAAACUGUGUGUACAUAUCUAAGGUGGAACUUGGUCCAUUAUGUCCAAGAGAGAGUUCUAUUUUUCAUUUACAAUCUGCUUUCCAGCCUGAAGCUCAGAUUGAAGGAACAGUGGGGGUGCCAAGUAUGAUUAAGUUAUCAAUUUGCCCACAGUAUUCCAAGAUUCCUGGCAUGCCAUCUUUACAUCAGUCAAAAGUUAUAGCUUGGCCUAAUGAUAAGAGGUUAUUGUUUCAGAAGUUGACCCACAACAGAUCACCAGUACUCAUGUAUUCAGAUUAUGUUAGUUCUGUUUAUAAUGGUAGUGCAGGAAUUGCAAAAAUGGUGGACUUAAAACCAUCCUGCUCCAGGUCUGCCGGUAUUCCUGGAUUCCCAUCUGCUUUGACAUGUGAGCCAAAUAUGACUCACCUUUUACCUACAUGUCCCAGAAUUUGCAGGAUUCCAGGAUUAGCUUCUGCUGGAUCAAUGUCUCGAUAUGAACAGAGUGUUUGGGACAGGUGUUCACUGUGGAAGAAACAGAUGCAGAUAAAAGAAGCAUUUCUUUCACACACGUCUUGUGUUCAGGAACUAGCUGUCAGCGAUACAAGUAUGAUUAAAGUCAUGGUGGCUAUGUUGCCAACAUGUUCCAGAAAGGCUAGUGUCUCAGGGUUUCCUUCAGCGCCAUUGCAGAGGGCUUCAAAAAACCCAAGUAUGGCCAGUCUUCUCCCUACAUGCCCCAAACAGACUUCUGGUAUGCCAUUUAGACAAAGAGUAAUGGAAUAUAAUGACAGCUUGCAUAAUUUGAGGGAAAACAUUUUAGAGAGACCAUUGACAAGUAAUAUUCUGGUUCAGGAAAAGUUACAUGAAAAUAAUGAACAUGUUGGACAUAUUUUACCAUCUUGUCCCAGUAAGGCAACCAUUCGUAGUUUUCCUUCUGUGCCACAAAAAGACCUUAGUGUGCCUGGUGUUUCAUUUGCACCAAGCCAAGAUCCCAGCAUGGCAGAUUUUUUGCCUACUUGCCCAAGACAAACCAGAGUCAUUGGUUUACCAUCUAAGCAGCCAGUUACUGCUCAGUGUGAAGAUUUGGACAUAGGCAGGCAUAUUUUGAUGGAGAAGUCCUUGAGAAAAAGUGAAGUCUUGAUUCAAGAUAUUUCCCAUGGAGCUGCUCAAGAUCUGGACAUAAGACAAAUGAUCAGUUCUGUGACAAUGUUGCCCUCAUGUCCCUUGAGAACUUGCCUUGUGGGAAUCCCCACAGGACCCCAGGAGCUGUUACAGAGUAUUGUUAGUAUUGUACCUAUAUGCCCCAAACAGACCCAGACUCCUGGUUUGGCAUGUCGAGAUCAAACCAAUUCAGAGAACAAAGAUUGGCAUGCCUUGAGGCAAUUAAUUAACAAAAGUCCAGAGAAGAAAACACAAGAUUACAUUGUUCAGUGGAUGCCUGAAGACAGAGAAAUCCUUAAAGAUAUGGUAGAUAUGUUGAUAAGUUGCCCACAAGAAAACAAAGUUUUUGGUUUACCAUCUGCUCCAAGACAAGAACCCAGUAUGGUUAAUGCAAUGCCCUCAUGCCCCAAACAUAGUGGAGUCCCUGGUUUGCCUUCAAAGGCUGGACAAAAUCUUUGUUUGUCCAGCUGCAAAGAAUGGUUUGCUUAUAAAAGUUGGGAGUGGGAGAGUGCAUUUAUUAAAAGGGAAGUGCAGAUUCUAAAUGCAGUUUCAUUUUUUGACCAAAACACGGCUGAAAGUAUGAUUGCAAUAUUUCCCUCCUGUCCCGAGAAUGCUAGUGUACCUGGGUUUUCCUCUGCUCUGACACAGACAUUAGCUGAUGGCCAAACUAUGGUGAAUUUAUUGCCUGGUUGUACAAAGGAUUCCAGAGUUCCCGGAAUGCCACUUAGAAACACCGCCAAACAAUUAGAUUGGCUAAUGGAAAGAAAUGUGUUGCUUCUUCCUAGGGAGAAGUCUGCAGUUGUUUUACAUUCACAGGAUGCUAAUAUGUUAUAUAUUGAUUGUGAUAUCGUCACAAAUAUGGUAUCGAUAUUGCCCUCUUGCUCUCGGACAACGUGUUUACCAGGCUUUCCAUCAGUACCAUGCAAGGUGUUGGUAGAUAUACCAAGUAUUAUAAAUUUGCUGCCUACUUGUCCAAGACGUUCCACAGUUUGUGGAAUACCCUCUAGAUUCUACAGUGAGUCUGAUCAAGCAGAGUGGAGUGUAGACAAAAGGACAAUAUGGGAAAAGCCAUCAAUAAACCCAGAAAGACUAUCUGUAAUACAUGAUCAUAACAUGUAUUUUAGAGAAAAGGCAGUGGUGAGAAUUAUGUUAUCAAUGUUGCCACCUUGUCCCAAACACUCAUAUAUUGCUGGAAUUCCCUCUAAGGUUGGAGACAGACCAGUAGAAGCUUUGAUGGAAAAUGCUCCUAGCAUGUUAAAAUCCUUAACUACUUUCCCAAACCAUUGUAAAAUUCUAGGUCUACCUGCAAAGAAUAGUGCAAAUGAAUAUGAUGGUUGGUAUGUGGACAGGGAUGCAAUUUGGGAAAAGCCUUUUAAUAGAAGGUAUGGAGUUGCUCACCAAGAUUUAACAGUUAAGGAAAUGGUAUAUAGGGACACAGAAUUAAUGUUGAGUAUGCUUCAAUCAUGUCCACGACAAGUCCUGAACCCUGGAUUUCCAUCCACUCAACAACCCAAAGCCGUUGUGGAAAAAAAUCCAGACAUGGCACAGUUGCUGCCAUGUUGCCCAAGACAGUCAAGUAUUGUUGGUUUCCCCUCAAGAGUGUCAAGUAUUUCUGAUUCAAAAGGAGGGGGCUGGCCUCUGAUGAUGAUAACCAUGCAAGGCUGCGAUCCAUUUUACAAAAAGUAUGAUUCUCCUCACAAAGAUAUAAUGAAGACAAUACUUUCUCUUGAACCUUCUUGUCUAAACAUUGCUCUUAGUUCUGGCUUCACAGCAGAUCCACUAGAAGACGUAGACAGUCUUCUAAACAUGGUAAAUAUUAUGCCAUCUUGCCCAAAGAAAGCUUCUUUUCUCGGGAUACCAUCAUCACAUGUGCACCAUUCAGGACAGGGGUGGCCAGUUAUAAUACCACUGUUGGUGAAGUCACGAACAAGAAUAAUUGGAAAGGAAAGAGAAAACUUGAUGAGUCAACCGCUGUUACUGGAAAAGCAUUCCUUUUGUAAGGUUUCUGUCAGAGAGCGAUCCAUGCAGUUUAUAUUCCCUAGCCAAGAUGUACUAGACGAUGUACAACAAAGAAUGACAAUUACUUCAUCAUCCUGUCCUGUUGAGGCCAUUGUCAAAGACUUACCAUCAUCGAAUUCUGAUAUUCAAGUGGAGAAGCCAUCCUCUAGAGUUAAUGGAAUUGAGAUGUUAUGUGAUGCGGCCAGUCCAGCAAGACUUGAUCUUGACACAAAGAAAACAAAAUCUGAUGUGUGCUCACCUUUGGAGAGGCAUAAAAACGAACAGGGCUUUUGGAUACCGAUUGAGGUCGAAGAAAUUGCCGUUCUAGACAAAGGCGCCAGGUGUCAAAAGCAUACUCAAGAAACACAGAUAUCAUUACAUGAGAAGGGAGAUACUGUUGGCAAAGACGCAGAGACUGGUGUCACUUUGGAGGGUUGUGUUGUCAUGCCCGUAGAGUCAGCGGACGUCAUUACUACACAUUAUGACACAGUGGAUCAAGGGUUUGUUAGAUACUCUGGUAAUGGACAUGAAAACAAGGUUUCACUACAGCCAUCAUCCCCAAUUGUUAUUGGUGCAGCAGAACUCCCAUCCCAAACCCAAAUAAAUAAUGCUGAGCUACAGUUGGAGAAACAUUGUACGAACAGGACCAUACAAUGGGAGGAGCUACCAAAGGCAACUACAGUAAAAUUACCUACAGACAAGACCAUACUAUGGGAGGAGCUACCAAAAGUGACUGCAGGGGUAACUAGAAACGCAUCAGAGGAAGAAAUGGAAAUAACAAAAGAAAUGGUCAGUAUUGUUCCAUCGUUCAGUGGUGCUGCCAUGAUCACAAAUCUACCUUCCAUGAAAUUAGACACUGAUGAUGAAAUUAAGACAGAUACAGAAGAUGGGAUGGGGGAUCUGCUGCCAAUAUUCCCAACAUUUAGCAGGAUAUUUGAAUUAACUGCUAAUGAUAAACAAUCAAAUGAAGGCCUACUAGACAGCAAGUGUACUUCGGAUAAACCAUCAAAGGACAAUGGAACUAUAACCACUGAGGGCGCACUAACUUUAAAAGGACAUGCUGAUCUCAUAGAACAAAUGGCGGAUAAAAAGUCUCCCUGCCCUUGUGUACAAUCUGUGCCAUAUUAUGUGAAGCCUGAACUUAUGUACAAACAGUCUACUUUCUUGGACACCUGUCCCAGUAUGACAAACAUUGCUGGCAUACCGUCCAAAUUUCCCGUAAAAGAAGGAAAACACUGGCUUAUAGAUCAAAAGCCAGUCUGGGAGAAACAGUCAAAAAUGAAGGACAUAUCUCCACACUAUGCAUCAAAGGAUGAUGAAAAGAACAACAAAGAAAUGGUUUUACUGGGACCGUCUUGCCCCAGAGAAGCCAGAAAUCCAGGGUUUCCAUCUGUACAACAACAUAGUUUAGUUUUUUAUGGACCAAAUAUGGUAGAUAUUUAUCCUAGUUGUCCAAGUUUAUCCAAUAUACCAGGUUCACUAUCUAUCAGUGAAGCCAAUAACAGAUCAUGGGUAUCUCAACAGGAACUACUUCUGGAGAAGAAAAUGAAAACUGAAUUUGUUGUCACGACAAUGUCACCAAAAGACAAGGAUGAAAUUAAACUAAUGGGAGCUUUGGUACCAACUUGCCCAAAACAUUCUUGCAUACACGGAAUGCCUUCAAUGCCACAACCUACUAUAACACAUGAUGGAUCAGAUAUGAUGAGCCUUAUAAGCUCCUGCCCCAAAACAUCUUGUAUGGAAGGUAUUCCAUCAUUAAUGGAACAUUUAAGCAAAAGCUGGGCUACAGAUUACAAACCCUUAGAGGUAACUCUGCCAAAAAUUGGCACAAUCAUGAUUGAAGAUAUACCUCACAAUGAUGAUAUGAAGGCCAUGUCAGCUUUAGUCCCAACAUGUCCAAAAGAAGCUUGCAUCCCUGGAUUUCCAUCUGCUCUGGAACCUACUGUAAUCUAUGAUGGGUUUAGUAGGGUCAGUCUCCUUCCAUCUUGUCCGGCUGCCUCCACUAUGGCUGGCUUUCCUUCGAUGCAGAAAGAAGAUAGCAAAGACUGGAACACUGUUCAUCAGGCAUUAUGGGAGAAGCAAAUGAAAAAGGAGCCUGUAUUACUAAUUGAGAACAAUAAAAUGGACAAAUACAUGAAGGGAGUUGUUUCCCUUGUACAGAGUUGCCCAAGAGAAUCACUCAUCUCUGGUUUUCCCUCUGCACCUAAACCCAGAGUGAUUAUUGUUGUUGAUAUGCCAAAUAUGGUCAGUCUUGCAACCUCUUGCUCAAAAGUAUCACAGAUACCAGGAUUUCCAUCAUUUUCAGAAGAGUGGAAAAUGAGCAGGGAGCCAGUGUUUGAACCAAUAAUGAAAGAAAAGCAGGUGCCACUGAUUGACAGGUGUGAAAGAGAUAAGACAGCAAUGAAAGCAAUGGUUUCCCUUGUACCUUCCUGUCCAAAAGUGGCACUGAUGUCGGAAUUUCCUUCUCAUCCAAAUCCCCGAACUGUGCAUUGUGCACAAAAUAUGAUCAGCCUGUUAACAUUGUGCUCCCAAGUUUCGAAAAUACCUGGAUUCCCAUCAGUUGAUGGUGAUAUGGAUGUAGGAUGGUUAACAGAAAAGGGGUCAUUACUGAAGAGGCUUCCAAAGAAGGGGGUCAUAUUUAACACAUCGAAUGACAACAGAGAGAUGAUGAAGAAUAUGGUUUCCUGUGUACCAUCCUGUCCUAAAGUGUCAAGCAUGCCUGGUUUCCCAUCUAUUCCAAGUCCCAAAAUAGUGUUUUACAGCCUAAAUGUAGUCAGCCUCCUCCCUUUGUGCCCCCUAGUUUCUAUCAUACCGGGAUUUUCAUCAGUUGAAAGGCACAAGGAACACGGAUGGGUUGCUGAACUGGGUCCACUGAUGCACAGAACGCAAAAGACCAUUCUGUUUAGAAUUAACAGCUCACCAAUCACCAUAGACAAACCAAACAGCAUGAUUGCUUUGGGCCCUUCUUGCCCAGGAGCAUCAAAGAUUUCAGGCUUCCCUUCGGUCCCCCGAUUCAAUAUGCUGAGUCUUAGACAUGUUUGCCCCAAAGUAUCCAGUUUGCCUGGAUUUGCAUCCAUUGAAGGGGGCUCAAAAUUCCAAUGGCUUUUUGAUCCACACACUUUGUGUGAUCAGCCAUCAAAGGAGACACUUUUAGUGAUAUCCAGUCCAAAUCCAGACAAAGAAACUGUGAAGACAAUGUUGGCUUUAGCACCAUCUUGCCCAGAAGUAUCCAGGAUCCCUGGGUUCCCCUCUGCACCUCAAACUAAAUCCAAGAUUCAACCCAGUAUAAUCAAUUUUGUACAUUGUUUCUCCAGUACUUCAAGUCUCAAAGGAUUUGCAUCCAUGACUACAGUCCCAAGCACAGAGUGGCUAAAUGAAACAAAGCCCAUUUUGAUAAAGCCUCAGGAGAAGAGGGCAGAAAUGACUUUGAAAUUUGCUGGACAGGACCAGCUAUAUUGUUACAAAAUGAAAAGCAUGCUGACAUUAGUUACAUCCUGCCCAAAAGAGGCCAGAGUACAUGGCUUUCCUUCUGCUCAAGUUGCAAACAGACAACCAAACAUGGUCAGCUUAUACGCAUCUGCUCCAUGUGUUUCAUCUGUUCCUGGUUUUCCAUCAGCAAGGAUGCUAAGCUCUGAAUGUAUAAAUAUACAAACUAGGACAACACACAGCAAGAUCCAGUUUCAGGAGGUGCACAAUGAGAAGAUUUUUCUUUUUGCAAAGCUUCCAGUGAAACAUAAUCAUGCACAAGAUGAAAUGAAGUACAUGGUAGCACUAACUCCAUCAUGUCCAAAUUUGACUCGGAUUUUUGGGUUCCCCAGAAUUUCAGAAUUGAAUCCAACAGAGAAAGAAACAACGCCUGUUCUACUUCCUUCUUCUACUGAGAAACAUACAUCACAAGAAUUGCCUCAUGCACAGUCAACUCAGUCACAUCUCAAAGAUACAAUAAUUCCUGAUGUUCCCUCCAGAUCUUUUAACAGCCCCAGCACAGCACUUGCAUUUGAGGAGAAAUUCAAAGGCGAUGCAAAGCAAAAUAUAGACCUUGUUGUAGAUAACAGCAAAUCACAAAUAGAGAGGGUAACAGCAGAGGGAGCCCAAAUAAUGAAGAAGCUAUUGGACACAUCAGAGCCAGCAGCGGUCUUGGGUUGGGAAGUAUUGGAGGCAGAGGGAACAAUAACAGAAAAACAGGCAGAAUCCACUGUGUCAGCAAAAGAGGAAGGGAGCUCGGGAUUAGUAAAAGCUAUUGUGGGUGUUUUCCACAAAGGUUAUGAAACAGUAGCAUCCAUUUUGGGGCCAUCUAGCUCACCUUUAGCUGAAGUGGAUCACCAACCCAAGGUUGUCUCUUCUGUGGAUCUGAAAGACAAGACACUGACCCCUUCCGAUGAGUUAUUUCCACAUUUUACUGACAACAGCUCUCUGAUGCAACAGAUAGAGGGCCAGUUUGAACAUAAUAUUGAAUAUCCAACAAGUGCUGAGCCUUACAUGGUGGACUUGGUAGGUGAUCAAUCAGCAUCUCCAUCACCAACUACCGACAGUGAUAAUGGGUUUUUGGUUUGUGCAAGUAUGAAGAAAUGGCCACCAUUGACCGAGGCAGAUAUCAAUGAAAUAUCAAAAGAAGACAGUGAAAUAGUAGAGGAACAAGAGACUGCUCUUGAUCAGUGCCAUUCAAAGGAGAGAUCAUUCACUGGGCAGGACUCUGUUCAAACUUCAGUGUACGUUGAAUAUUUGUUAGCAAGGCACCAGACUGAGACAGAACAAGAUGAGGUUAGAACAGUGUCAUCUUCUUCACAGCUGGAUAAAGGCCCCCAACAAACAAGCCAGGAAGAAAUGCCUGCCACUUCCCUACAGCCUACAUUAAAUGAGUCACUGACAAAUGCCAGUGUACAUAGUGAGAUACUCAUGGACAAACCAUCGGAGGACAUUAGUCCAGUUGGACCACAAGCUGACGUUGCCGUCCCUCAGCGAGGCAGAAAGCCCAAGAGAAAAGUUCCAGAACCUCAGCAGAAAGGGUGUCAGCAAGAAAAAGACACUGUUCCGUUACGGCCACUCAGAAGGAAGGAUAGUUUAACACCUGAAUCUGAUGGUUCAGUCCAGUCUUUUAGGAAAGAUGCUACUGGUGAGAUAGUUCCCACACAACCUGCCACUGACCCAUCUUGCAGCAUAAAACGUGGUGACCAUAGACAAAAAAGCCAAUCCAUGAAUGUUGUCCCUCCUCCUCGUGUGAAAAGAAGAGAUGAUAGUUUGCCGCAUGAAACUCCUCAGAAAACUGUCCCUUGCAAGCCUUUGAGGAGAAAAGUCAGUGCUACUAGAGAGACAUGUGUUCCAAAAACUAAUGACAAACAGAAUUUGAAAGCCCAUGUCUGUUCUACCACGAAAACAUCUGAUCCUGUUCCUCCUCAACCUUUUGAGAGAAAUUCUGUGGUCUCUGGUGCUCUUGAACCUGUACAGAGCAUUGAUACACCCUGUCAAACAGCCACUGGAAUGAUCCCAUCACAACCUGUAGGAAGAAUAGACCAAACAACCAAAAAACACUCUCAACAAAUUGAUUUUGUUGGGAGUGCAGCUCUACUGGCAGACACAGAAUUGGUCUGCUCUAAGGACUCAGAAAAAAACUCUUGUAGCCCAGAAUGGCCCAAGAAAGAUAUUAAUACAUCUGUCAAGGCCUCUCCUUACAUAAUUCCUUCCUCAGAAACAAAGGAAAUUGAGAGCAUCACCCCAAAGCCAGAACCAGAGACAUUUCAUUCUGAGCAAACUGCUUCUCUCUCAAUCAUCAAGAAGAUACGUCUUCCACAACGUGACAAAAUAUUGCCUUCAAGCAAAUCUCGCAAAAUUGCCAGUGGUGAGGAAAUUAUGGCACAGAUCUUAAAUGUUGCAAACAAAGAGUCAGUAAAACCAGUUGAAACCAGUCAAAUCGAGAACACUGUCAUGGGUGAUGUGGAAGAAAUAAAGCAGUCGAAUUCAGUGGGUGAAACGUCUGUUGAUACGGUUGACAUCACGUCUUCUCAGAAAUUAGAGGAUGCAUCAGAGAUAACAGAGGCAGAGAAGGAAAAACAAACAACGCUUUGUAUCUCAAGACCUCGUGUGAAGAUACGUCUCAGCACAUCUAAAGCUUCCUACGGUGAAGAGGCACAGUCAGCGGGGCAAGGUGGUCCUUCAUCCAUUUCCUUAACAACUAAAGAAUUGUCAAAGGUGCAAGACAGAAAGGACUUUCCCCCUCUUUCUCUGGGUGAUCAGCUUGAAAUAUCUGCAGAAGAAGUGGGUCCUCUAAAGUUGACGAGAAGCAGAUUAGCCAGUGAGGGCAGUGUUCAAGUAAAGGAUGGUGAUGUUUCAGAGAAGACACUACAAGCUUCAAGAGUUCCUGUACCAAAACCAAGAGUAAAGAAACGUCUCAGUGGUUCAUUCCCACAUGACAUUACAAUUUCUGGUUCACCACCUCCUUGCCUGCCAGACGCAGUAACUGACACCACUGGUCAUGAAUCUGUUCAACAGAAUGAAAAGUCAAGCUUUCCUGUUCCGUUGCCCCGGGCCAAAAAACGUCUCAGUGCGACUUAUUCAGACAGCACACCACCUGUAGACAAUUUAUGCCCCCAAGAAAUGGAAUUCUCUCAGACAAAACCAGAGGAUAAAUCUGUCAAUAUCAAAGAACAAGAAACAAAGAAAGACUCAACAUCGCUGGAUUCAAGUGUGAUCUCUGAAGGAGGUUUUGUCACAAUCCAAGGAGAAGAUGAUGGCGAGUCAGAGUUGGAACGGGAAGUGCUAGCAGCAAUGGGAGAGGAAGAAUUUCCUCAGGCUGACUCUGUGGAAGAUGCUGAGAAGGCACUGGAUGAAAUUAUUGGAGGCUGGACCUUUACAGAUAAACCUGUUGUUACAGAUGACCCAGAGCAGGCUGCAGAGGCAGUGUCGGAGCAGGCUGACAUUGAAAAAGUCCAGGUUGCUGCUUCCACUGUUGCAUCUUCUCAGGAUGACUGGCUACAUGUUGAGGAUGAUAAAGCCAGUGAACCAAUGGAAAUAAACUCAAGGAAGGAAGUGAGGGACGAAGAGUUGGACUUUGGCUUUGUGUCUGUAGAUGUAGUUGCUGGUUGUUUAGAGGAAGGAAGACAAAUGGAGAGAGGAGAAGAAUCUUCAGGUCAGCCUGUACCUGGGCUUUGUGGCAAGAAGCGUUUGAGUGGUUCUUACCUAGACGACACCAAGUCACAAGUUGCUGGCUUCCACCAAGCCAGUGAACCAGCAACACCUCAGAAAAUACCUGCAGAUGGGGCUGCCUCUCCGGAAAGCCUUUUGGCCAGUCCCAUGUUGGUGACAUCCAGUCAGUCUCUACUGGAAUGGUGUCAGGAAGUCACACAGGGUCACAAGGGAGUGAAGAUCACCAACUUCAGCACCUCCUGGAGGAACGGCCUCGCUUUUUGUGCCAUCUUACAUCACUUCUACCCAGAAAAGAUUAAUUUUGAAAUGCUGGACCCGUAUGACAUCAAGCGCAACAACAAGAAGGCCUUUGAUGGCUUUGCUGAACUUGGCAUUUCCAGACUAAUGGAGCCUUCAGACAUGGUCAUGUUAGCAGUGCCUGACCGCCUCAUUGUCAUGACUUACCUCAACCAGAUCCGCACCCAUUUCACAGGCCAGCAGCUCAGUGUGCUUCACAUAGAGAAGGAUAGCAGCGAGUCCAGCUAUGCAGUAGCCAGGGACAGGGAGAGCCAAGAGGACCCCGAGGCAACGGUUCGCUACUGUGCCCAGAGGCUCCAGGAGGAGGGUAUAAGUCUUGAGACUAAUGGGACUGCUGGCACAGGAGAGAAGGACAGUAAAUCCAGUAAGGAUGUGGUUCCACCUCCCAGAAUCAAACGACAGCAGAUUGCUGGGGCAGGUGGGACUCAAUUACCAGUGGCACCACCAAGGACUCAUUUCCUGUCCAAGUCAGGUUUCUCUCAUGUUAAAGAUGCUGAUCUGGUCAAGAAGCGUAGGUCACAGCGGAGGAGUGGGUCGCUAGAUGAAACAGACAUAUCAGUGGUUGUUGCAGGGCAUGAGGACAAAGUUACCCGGAGGAAGUCAGAAACUGAGAGAACAGAGGCUGCGGUUGAGGAGGGAAAACCUGAAGGCCAGGACCCAAGCCAGUAUGUGCUGAAUCAGAUGGAAGCCCUGGAAGCAGAACAAAACCAUGUUGAUAACAGAGCAGGUGUGGUGGAGAGGAAGCUCAGACAACUACUGGAAACAGGCAGUGACAAGGUGGAGGAGGAGAGGUUGAUUCAGGAAUGGUUUAUGCUGGUCAACAAGAAGAAUGCUUUAAUCAGGAGGCAGGACCAUCUGCAGCUACUACUGGAGGAACAAGACUUGGAAAGAAGAUUUGAGCUGUUAAACAAAGAGCUGAGGGACAUCAUGGCACUUGAAGACUGGCAGAAGACUCAGGCCCAUAAACACAGAGAGCAGCUGCUGCUUCAGGAGCUGGUUUCACUGGUCAACCAGAGAGACGAACUGGUUCACAGCAUCGACGCCAAGGAGAGAGGAGCUCUGGAGGAGGACGAGCGUCUUGAACGAGGCCUGGAGCAGCGGAGGAGGAAGUACGCCAAACAGCAGAAAGAGAAGUGUGUGAUGCAGUGAUUCAGUCAGCGUCCAGCCACGAAACACUGGGUCACCUGUCUAAGAGAAAAUGGGUCAAGACGAAACCAAGAAUGGGUGUUUGGUCCUGUUUCACCUGUUGUCAGAUUGACUGGUGUGGCUUUAAGUCAGCAGUAAGAAGACCAGGACCGUCAAACACAGGAUCCAGGGAGGGCACUUCUAUGAAUUCUUCUGAGAACACACUGAACCAGUAUGAGGGGGCAGUACAUUUGAAUAUUCAGAUGGUCCAAAACCAGAGUGAGGCUCUGAGAAAUGUCCAUGUUAAAGCUAGUUUUAAAUAGUUUUGGUUUUCUUUCCCUUUUGAGUUUCUAAAAUGUGGCAUUAGGCUCCAUUUUAUGACCAAAGAUCAAGGUAACGGAAGUGGGCAGUAGAGUCAUUUCUACAAAUGCAACCCAUUUACCAUAUGCUACAGAAUGUUCAGCACCAAGGGAUUCUGACCCACUUAGCAGAAGAGGCAUCGGAGCCUCAGAGAGCCGUUGUACCUUUGGACUGUUUGCUUUGCAGUGUGUGUGCUGUGGUUUUCACUGACAGUUACAGAAGGUGAUUGUGAAUGUAAGGUGUGUUUGAUUGACUGUGUUUGAGACUUGAAAACGUUUGGUACAGAUAUGAGCUGCCAGAACCAGGAGAGACCAGGUUUGACCAGUGUUUGUUCGCUAAGGCUGACAGCAGCGCUGACAUGUUUGGAUUGGACCUUCUGAUAACCAAAAUCUCGUGCCAGUACAAACCGAACGACAAAAUACACGUUGCUUUCUAAACCCACCCAUGUGAAUGUUUUUGGAUCUGUGGGCCCCCAUCAGCAGAAAGCAUUGUUUAUCAGUGCUUUUCAUAUAUGCCAAGAAAUUAUUCAUAUGUUCAUUUUUUCUGAUCUGGGUAAGGUUUGGUUAAGUUUAGGCUUAAGAAGCUACUUAAUUAGCGUUAGGGUUAAGAAAGAAAUGUGGUUCGGGUUAAAAAACAACUUAGAUAUGGUUAUAGAAUGAUUGUGGUCACAGUCAAAGCUAUAUGUUGUAGGUACAACAACAAAUACUGGUCCAGCCCUGGAGGAAAACAACACUUUUUGAACCUUCCACAGUUGCCUUACUGUACGAUGUGCUAACUGCCCGAGUUUUGCGCAGGAUUUACUGAUCAUGGCACUUUCAUUGGAAUUGAAUUUUGGUCACGUCUUCCAGCGCUUGCGUUUGGCUAUGUUUGUUGUUUGCUUUAUUUUUUUCACAAAGCUAAAAAUAGGUCCAUUUGGAAAUGAAAACAUUGUAUCUCAUGUUUAUGGUUUUGGUUUUUGAGAUGUUGAAAUGUCAUAUCAAGUAGAGAAGCAGCCACACAGAUUGGAUUAGCUUUUUGGUCUGUAUUUUCACUGUCAUUUGUGUAGAAAAUAUUCAUACAGGACAGAAGCAUUUAGUGAAACAAAAUGAGGCAUGUACAUGUAGGAUUUAUUUUCUUUUGGUACAGAUUAGGAACAAUCUCCACUAAGGUUUAAGUAGCAUGUAAUUUAUUUUCCUGUUCAAAAAUAUGAAAUAUGAAAUAUUGUGUGAAGUUACAACUUUUACAUUAUGCAAAUGUAGUUUUUCUGAAAUAAUAGGUGAAGAUGUGAAUGUGAAUGUUUCUGCAUGAUGCAUGCAAAAGCCAAUAUCAUCAUUUGCUGAAAGUGAAUCUAUCUCUUCCAAUAAUUACAGGAUACUUCCUGCUUGUUUUUGCAAUGAAAAUAUCUGUGUUUUUACUUCAGUGCAAGGAUUUCCUGUAACAGUGAGCUGGGCCUGAGAGAUUUUGUUUUUUGUGUAAAAGUUUGCAGUUCUCAUGUUGCCAUAACUGCUUAUUAUAGCAACUCUGACCCACACUUGUGUAAAUUUGUUAAAGGCUAUCAAAUGGAUUGCUGUUAAAAAGCUUUUAUUUGUGUUUUUAUGUUACAUUUGCACUAUUUGUAAAGUUUGGAAAUUACAAAAGAUUUGAAUGCCCACA